AUUAAAGUUGUGCAGCAUGAGUGACAACGUGGUGCCUGGUUCUGAAAAAUCCAAUCCAAAGCAGGAAAAGGCAUGAAAUCAUUCACGUUAUAUAAUAAUUAACGUAUUCGAUUGAGGAUAGAUAUAAUUAUAUUGAAAGUUUGCAUUUAAAAAGCUUAUUAUGUUGAGAAUCUUGGGUUCUCGCGGUUGUAGGAUCAUUAUCAUCAGGCGGACAUAUGCUUCGGCAAAAAUGAAGUCCAAGGAAAAGAAUGCUGAAAAGAUUUCAAUUUCUGAACUUAAACCAUGGCCAUCGUUCAUUCAGGAGCGUCUCAAAUUAUGGGAUAAGCUGAAAGCAGAGUACGAUGCAGAGAUAGCAGCUAAACCAGUCACAGAUAUUACAGUGACUCUUCCUGAUGGUAAGGAAAUUAUUGGUCAAGCAUGGCGCUCCACUCCUUACGAAAUAGCUAGAGGAAUUAGUCAGGGUUUAGCAGACAAUACUGUGAUUGCUAAAGUGAACAACGAGCUUUGGGACCUUGAUAGACCCUUGGAAUCCGAUUGUAAGCUUCAGCUUAUAAAAUUCGAUGACGUAGAUGGCCAGCAGGUAUUCUGGCACUCCAGUGCUCAUAUCCUGGGUGAAGCCAUGGAGCGAGUAUAUGGGGGUUGCUUGUGUUAUGGUCCACCAAUAGAUGGUGGCUUUUAUUAUGACAUGUUUCUUGGCGACAAUAAGGGAAUCUCCAAUCAGGAGUUUCCCUUCCUGGAGAGUCUUUUCAAGAAUAUUGUCAAGGAGAAGCAGCCAUUUGAGAGACUUGAAAUGAAGAAAGAGGAUCUCCUAGAGAUGUUCAAGUAUAAUGAAUUUAAAGUGAGAAUUCUUAAUGAGAAAGUUAAGACACCAACCACCACUGUUUAUCGUUGUGGACCGUUGAUUGAUCUCUGUCGUGGACCACAUGUUAGGCAUACGGGAAAGAUUAAGGCCGUUAAAGUUACUAAAAGCUCGUCUACGUAUUGGGAAGGAAAUGCAAAUGCAGAAACCCUUCAGCGUGUCUACGGCAUCACCUUCCCUGAAAACAAGCAACUUAAAGAAUGGGAGAAAUUCCAAGAAGAGGCUGCAAAAAGAGACCACAGGAAGAUUGGCCGAGAACAGGAACUCUUCUUCUUCCACGAACUAUCACCUGGUUCUUGCUUCUUUCAACCACGUGGUGCACACAUUUACAAUACUCUGGCAGAAUUCAUAAGAUCCGAAUAUCGGAAACGUGGUUUCCAGGAAGUUGUGACGCCAAACAUUUACAAUAGUAAACUAUGGCAGACUUCAGGUCAUUGGGCUCACUAUGCAGAGAACAUGUUCUCUUUUGAUGUGGAAAAGGAGACUUUUGCUCUGAAGCCUAUGAAUUGUCCCGGUCAUUGCAUGAUGUUUGAUGUCAGAUCUAGAUCAUGGCGUGAACUUCCUCUGAGAAUGGCUGACUUUGGUGUGUUACAUCGCAAUGAACUCUCCGGAGCACUGACUGGUCUAACUAGAGUUCGUAGAUUCCAACAGGAUGAUGCUCACAUUUUCUGCACUGGCGAACAAAUCAAACAAGAAGUUCUUGGUGCCUUGCAGUUUCUGAAACAUGUCUACACUGUGUUUGGAUUUACUUUCAACCUUGUACUGAGUACGAGGCCUGAAAAGUACUUAGGUGAACUCGCAGUAUGGGACCAGGCAGAAAAAGCUCUAGCUGAAAGUUUAGAUGAUUUUGGAGAACCCUGGAAGAUGAAUCCAGAAGAUGGCGCCUUUUACGGGCCCAAGAUUGAUAUCACUAUUAUGGAUGCUCUUAAAAGAUCACAUCAAUGCGCUACUAUACAAUUAGAUUUUCAAUUACCCAUUAGGUUUAAUUUGAGCUUCGUGAAUGAGAAUGGAGAAAAAACUAGACCAGUUAUCAUACAUAGAGCUGUCCUUGGAUCUUUAGAGAGAAUGAUAGCUAUUCUUACGGAAUCAUACGCUGGAAAAUGGCCAUUCUGGCUAUCGCCACGACAGGCUAUGGUGAUUCCUGUAGGACCUCAAUUUGAUGCUUAUGCGGAAACAGUUAAACGGGAAUUAUGGGAUGCUGGGUUCAUGGCAGAAGUUGAUGUGGAUUGUGGCGAUACAAUGAACAAGAAAAUUCGCAAUGCUCAACUAGCGCAAUUUAAUUUCAUUCUAGUUGUCGGAGAAAAGGAACGCAGUGGCGGUACAGUUAACGUGAGAACGCGAGAUAACGUGGUGCACGGUGAGAUCAGCAUUGCAGAUCUCAUUAAAAAAUUCCAGACCUUCAAAGAAACCAAGGAUCGCAAUUGCGAGGAGAAUUUUUGAAAAGGCAAACAAUCGUCCUAAGUGAAUGUUUUUUAUAGGAUAAUUAUUUAUCUUUUCCAAAGUGGAAAAUAAGCAUUCGAAGAAAAUCGUAAUAAUUUAUGUGUCUGUUUCCCUAGUAAUGGAAAAGGGAUAGACUUAAUAAUUUAUGCAAAAUCGUUUACAAGCAUUUUUUAAAAUGUUUGCUAUGUUCCCCAAAUAAAUCUCAUAUAAAAAAAAUG